UUUAGAGGAACCACACAGCAAGUACUGAGUCUACCUCAAAACAGGGAGAGGUGGUUGAAUAAUUAUACAAGAGCAGUUGCAUGCAUGUGGAAAAUAGCAAAAGUGUAGUGAAACAAAAAAAAGUUACAUCCGUUAAACAUAUGCUGUCUAGAAGUAUUCUCAGCUGGUUAGUGUUGCUGCUGAGCCUAGCUACUGUUACCAGGAGUGAGCACUAUCACAUUGUGCCAGUGGAUUCAACCGACUUGUGUGACGGAUAUGGAAAUGGAACUUGUUUCACUCUCGAGCAGCUUGUUCAAACAGACCUGUUAUCUGAUGGAGACAAUCUCACCUUGAGUUUUCUACCUGGAGAUCAUGUGUUAACUGAGCAGUUACUGAUUCGUAACUUUUCACAUGUGCAAAUCACCGGCCAGAACACAAGUACAACUGUAGUUGGAUUCCAUAGCAACGGUGCGAUACGUUUUGUUAGUAUUACCAAAUUGAACAUUGAACGCUUGGGUUUCGUUGGAGCGAAUGUUGAACCACAGAACUCACAUCAAGGAUUGACCAUUGACGAUUCUCGCGAUGUUUACAUCAACGACUGCUACUUCUCGGACUUUGAAAACCACCUCGUUAAAAUUACUAAUACUCAAACUGCAACAAUUGAAAGCACUCUUUUUAACAAUAAUACUGGCCAGGCCCUGUACGUUGAGGCUGAUGAUGUGUACAUAACAAAUAGUGAGUUCACUAGAAAUGAUGGUGGUGCAGUUGACAUUGAAUCAAACAACGCACUGAUCAACAACACAGAGUUCAACUACAACAGUGCUGAGAACGGAGGAGCAGUGGAAGUGGUAUCUGGUGCUGUAGUGAUCACUUGGUGUAACUUCACAAAUAACAAAGCUGUGCAGUUAGGUGGAGCGAUUCAUGUUAACUCAGGUAGUGUGUCCAUCUCCAACAGUGAGCUGACACACAACAGUGCUGACUAUGGUGGAGUGAUUGAUGUUGACUCAGGUAGUGCGUCCAUCUCCAACAGUGAGCUGACACACAACAGUGCUGACUUUGGUGGAGCGAUUGUUGUUACCUCAGGCAGUGUAUACAUCUCCAACAGUGAGCUGACAAACAACAGUGCUGACAUUGGUGGAGCGAUUUAUGUUUACUCAGGUAGUGUGUCCAUCUCCAACAGUGAGCUGACAAACAACAGUGCUGACUUUGGUGGAGCGAUUUAUGUUUACUCAGGUAGUGCGUCCAUCUCCAACAGUGAGCUGACAAACAACAGUGCUGACUAUGGUGGAGUGAUUAAUGUUUUCUCAGGCAGUGCGUCCAUCUCCAACAGUGAGCUGACAAACAACAGUGCUGACUAUGGUGGAGCGAUUGAUGUUUACUCAGGCAGUGUAUCCAUCUCCAACAGCGAGCUGACACACAACAGUGCUAAAGAGGGUGGAGCAAUUGAUGUCUUCCACUCUUCCACCUUGAUCAUCAACAACACUGACAUUACUAAUAAUAUGGCCAGUUUGAACAUUUCGCAAUCAAAUGUAACAUUCACUGGAAUGAAUAUUGUCAGUAACAAUGGUCGUCCCAUUUAUGCUUUCAAUAGUCGAAUCGAGUUUAAUGGACCUACAACACUGAGUAACAAUCAUGGUGUGUUUGGUGGAGCCAUCAGCGCUGACCAGAGUCAAAUAUAUAUUAACACACAAGAAGUGAUCAUCACAAACAACACAGCUACCUCUGGAGGAGGGAUAUUUCUGAGAGAGAGUACACUCUUUGUAAACGAGCCUAUAGAGAUCAACCAAAACACAGCACAGGAUGGUGGGGGGAUUUAUGCAUAUUCCAGUAGAGUUGAGUUCCAAUCAGUGCAGAUGGUAGGUGCAUACGGUCACCCACUUCCUCCAAAUAAACAGAGUGAGAUUGCUCACAACAUUGCUGAGAAUGGUGGAGGUAUACAUGCAGUAUCUUCAACUAUUGACCUCACUCAUUCCUACGUCAACAUUGACUCAAACACAGCUGACACUAGUGGAGGUGGAGUGUAUCUACAGCAAAGUUCGAAACUGUACCUAUUUAAAACGAAUGCAGAAAUUCUGGAUAGAAUAUAUGUCAAGUUACUGAUGAACAAUAACUCGGCUCAGUACGGAGGAGGGAUAUUUGUGGCAGAUGACACACAGAGGAGCGCGUGUGGAGGAGGGGCCACAGAAACGGAUGCAACUCAAACUAUUUUUUCUGACUGUUUCAUUCAAACAAUUAAUCUGUAUGGUCGAAUAUACUCUAAUAUAAACUAUUUCAACACAUUCAUGACUAACAACACGGCUACCCAGUCAGGAGCAGACAUCUACGGAGGUCUGUUGGACAGGUGUACAGCAAGUCAAAAUGCUGAAUAUCCCGUUUCUUCAAAUGGAUCUGGAUUGGACUACAUCCAAAACACUGUAAAAUCCUCCACUGAAUUAUCAAUAUCCUCUAGGCCUGUUCAGGUUAUGUUUUGUAACUAUUCACAAAAUGACUGUGGUUCUACAAAAAAAGGACACACAUUUAAAGUCAGCGUUAUGGCUGUUGACCAAGUUGGAAAUCAAAUGAAUGCCACAAUUCACAGUUCUGUUGUCAGUGAGAGUGGACGUGAUUGUUUCAAAGAAGGACAGGCAAAACAGAAAGUUGGCAAUCAGUGCACAGAAUUAGAGUACAAUGUAUUCUCACAAGACAGCUCUGCUCAAGUGGAACUCUAUGCCGAGGGUCCAUGCAUCAAUUUGGGAAUUUCAAGACAACUUAUAAAUAUUUAUUUUCAACCCUGCAUAUGCCCUAUUGGACUUCAGCCAAUUCAGUCCGAUAUUGAGUGCAGGUGUGACUGUGAUCCAGACUUGCAACAAAGAUAUCAGAUAACAAACUGUUCUGAGGAAAAUGGUACCAUAAAGUUGGAAAGCAAUAACAACAUAUGGAUAGGAGUGACUAAUACCACCAGCGGAACAGGUUAUGUUGUUAGUAACUGUACAUUUGACUAUUGUGUAGAAAAACCAGUCAACAUCAGUCUAAGUAACCCUGACGAACAAUGUGCCCACAAUCGAAGUGGUGUCUUGUGUGGAGAAUGUAAACCAGGACUCAGUCUUGUGUUGGGUACGUCCAACUGUAAAGAAUGCUCUAAUCUUUACCUUCUUCUACUAAUACCAUUUGCGCUGGCAGGCAUAUUGCUAGUUGCUUUAAUUCUCGUGCUCAACAUCACUAUAGCAACUGGAAAUAUUCAUGGCCUCAUUUUUUACGCCAACAUAGUAGCUGCUAAUAGAGCAAUUUUCUUUCUUAGUUUAAACAACUUUUUAACAGUUUUUGUAUCAUGGGUGAAUCUUGACCUUGGAAUCGAGGCAUGCUUUUAUGAUGGGAUGAACUCUCAAGGAAAAGUGCUCCUUCAACUUAUCUUCCCAGCUUACUUGUUUCUUCUUAUGUUUCUCAUUAUAAUAUUGAGCAAGUACUUUGACUCAUUUGCAAAGCUCCUCUCUAACAGGAACCCAGUUGCUGCCCUAGGCACACUCGUCCUACUCUCUUAUUCUAAAUUCUUACGGUUUAUCGUUGCUGCAUUACAAAACAGGGUCUUGGAAUAUCCUGACGAACCAACCAAGACUGUUUGGUUGUUUGACGGCAACGUGCCAUACUUUACUCCCAAACACAUCCCUCAGUUUGUUGCUGCUGUCAUAAUUCUCAUUGCCGGUGGAUUGUUCACUGUACUGCUCUUCUUUGGACAAUGGUUUCCACGCUGUUUCAAGGUUAUGAUAUGGACCAAGAACACAUACUACACUGGCUUCAUGGAUGUAUACCAUGCUCCAUUCACUCCCAAGCAUCGCUACUGGGUGGGACUGCUCCUCUUUGCUCUGAUUGCUCAUAAUCUAGUAGCUGCCAUGGCUCCAGAUACGUCUCUCCCUGUGCUAUCAUCUGGUUGUAUUGCAGUUGGACUGAUAACAUUGACCAACCGAGUACACAAAAAACAACUGAGUGAAUAUCUAGAAACGUUAUUUCUGCUUAAUCUCUGCAUUCUAUCUUAUGGCACUUCCUAUGUUGUUGAAACACACCGACAGCAAGAAACACUGACUAUUAUUUCAAUGUCUAUAGCUUUCAUCCUUUUUGUGACAAUCAUCAGCUACCAUUUCCACCACUUCAUACUAAAGAAGACCAAAAUAUGGCCCAAGAUAAAGAAAUGUGGUAAGAACUUGAGAACUGGUGUUGUAGACAAAAAAAACAGACAACCAAACAACACCAUGGUGAUGCAUCAGCUUGCAGCCAAUGAUGACGAUGAGCAAUUUAUAGCUGAGCAAAUAGACAUUGUGGACCCGCCACCUUACACUGAUGGAGCUGUGGAAGAAGCUGACCCUGAUCGUUACAUCACUCCUCCCAUCAUCAGACCAGCCACGAGGCCGGACCAGCUGAGAGAGCCUGCCCUGGACAUACUAGCCCCCCUCACCACAGAGGACUACAGACCAGCCCCUCCCCCUCCAAGAGUCAACCAUCGUCCUGCUGUUACACGAACAGAAAUCGCCCCCAUACGCAAUGAAGUGUGAACUGUCUUAUUUAGCUGAGGUACCUUAUCAUGUAAACAUUUGUAGGCAUAAUUGUUAGUUCCAACAGUUACUGUCGUUAGCACUUGUUUAUGUCACUAUAGUUUAAAGAGAGAUAUGCUUUUUUGUAGAUUUUUAUAGAUUUAUUUUUUGUAGAGAUAACAAAAUUUAAUGGUUGUGCUAUAUAUGAA